AUGUUUAGCAGCAAAAGCGAAGAAUACAGACGCACGUCUGUGGUCGAUCAAAUCCUCAUGUCCCGUCAAUCACAAAAAGAACAACUCUCUUCACUCAUCUCCUCUUCCACAAGUUCUCGUUAUUCCACUUCUCCGAAUAAUAAUUUUCUCUCCAUGAUGACAAGUGGCAGCGGAGAUCAAACACCACCUACAAAUCCCGAAUCUCCCUUCUCCAUGCCUCUUCCCAUCAACAAUGAAGAAUACAAUGCCAUGAUGAAUGAAGCAGCUGUUAGCACUUCUCCGACACUCAAUUCAAAUACUUUACAAUUUAUUGGAAAACAAGACGAGAAUGAAGAAGAGAAUGUUUUUGUAUCCAUUAUUAAAAAAUCUUCACAACAGAAUGCUAUUGAGAGUAUUUGCCGAUUAUUGGAGACUCCACAAGAUUUGGAAAAACUCGCAGAUUUGAAAUCCAAUACACAAAAACAAGUUGAAAAAUUGGAAACUCAAGUAUCGACCUUAUCUUCGACACAAAUUGAAGAGGCAGAUCAAGCCAUUCAAUUAAUGAAAAGAAUUCGAGGAGAUGUGAGAGAACAACUUGACGAACGAGUGGAAAAUUCUAUAUUUGGAUUGAUGAGAGAUUUGGGUGAAAGUAACAUGCAAUUGAUUGAACAUUAUGAUGUAGUGAGUGAAAUUCUAUUGGCACACAAUAAUGUGCGAAAGACCAUUGAGAAAUUAGAGACAUUGACUAUAUUGCAAGAUCAAAUUAGAAGAAUUAAGAAGAAAUUGUCGUAUGAGAAUGAUAAAUAUGUGUUGAGUGCACAUGAAGAUAUUAUUGCAUUGGAAGAAAUUAAGGACGAUGCUCUCUCUGAAGUGAAGGCAAAAAUCACUCGUUCCGAUUACAAUGACAUUUUUGAAAAAUUUUUCAACAUGAUUGACGACAUUAGAAAUCGUUUUGAAGAACUCGUGUGGCUUCGAUUGUCCGAUAUUGAAUACGUUGCAGAAAAUGAAUCAGAAGCCAUUGUAAGAAUUGCUAGAAUUAUUGAAAAAGAAGAAAAUCGAGAUCAACGAAAACAACUCGAAUACGAAGACAAACUCGAAGAAGCAAAACGAAAAAAGAAACAAGCUACUGGUAACAAGAGAUUUGCGGAUCAAAAAAAUAAUGACGACUCGGAAGAAAAGUUGAUUUUAAAACCCAAACUUCGCAACAUGAAAGAAGAGUUUUACAAGAGAAUGCGACAACAUGUUGCUGACAAGUAUAAUGAAGCAGUUCAUGAAGCAAAAGGCGCCGACGAUAAAAUUCAAGGCCUCAACAUGUUACUCAGCGACAAGUUAAAUGUGGGUGUGACACGUUAUGUUGUGACAUGUUUUCCAUCCUCUUGGAAUAUUUUACAAUUUUUUUCACAGGCCUAUGAAGAGGAAUUAAUCAAAUUCAUUCAAGGACUCACACAACCAAAAUCUCCAUUUUACAAUAGCUUGUCCAUGGGUGACAAGUUGAAAAUUGUUCGAUGGCUCGAAGAUUAUCCAAGUCUAGUCGAUGAAGCGAUUGAAAAGCCCUAUGAUUUUUCAACGGAUCGAAAUCGAAUUAUUGGAGAUUAUAUUGGUACGAGAUCAACGUUCAUGAUUGAAUAUACAGGAAAUACUGUCGCUCAGGACUUUAAAAACUUUGAAGAAGUUCCACUUAAUGAGAAUGCAAGAGGAUUUCCAUAUACAGCAGCGUGUGUGGAAGUUUUCACAUUUAUUAAUCAACAAUUAGAUGAAUUGCUGGAAACGGGAAUUGAUGACAUCAUUCCAACAUCGAUCAGUGGUUUAAAUGCUGCACUAAGAUAUUUUAUUGAUGCAUCGUAUCAGAGAUUUGAAGAACACAUCACCGAAAUUCCACUCGUCGUUCUGUGUGCUCUUAUGAAUAACAACACCACAAGUGUCGAUUAUUUGACUGUGAUUGAGCAGAGAACCGAACACCUUGUAGCAGAAGAUUACAACGCUUUACGUGAACAAUUUCGAAGGAAUGGCAUUAAAAUGGCUGAAACUGUUGCAGAGCAAGUGGUCAUGAAAGAUGCUCUCACACUCAUGAAAGAUCUUUUCACAGAUUAUUGGAUUACUGUUCCUGAAGAAAAGCUUGAAAAAGAAGAGCUCAUAGAAUAUCUCAAAGAAUGUCCAGUUUACAAAAUUGUGGAAUUAAUUUUCGAACCAUACAUGAGAGAUUUUGAAGAAUUGUUGGAAAUUGAUUUUAGAGAUGUUUUGAUUGAAAAGCUUGCAGAGUUAUUCAUUGGUGGAUAUUUGGAAAAAUUAUUGAACUCGAAAAUCAAGUUUAAAGAGCCCAAACUUGCUGCCAAUCAAAUGAAAGAAGACAUUCGAUUGAUCAAGAGAUUAUUCACGGCUGAGGUGACAAUUAAAGUUGAAGAGAAGGAAUUUAAUGAGCCAAGAAUGGAUACGGAUGAUUUCAAUGAAUAUUAUGAGGCGAUGAAGAGUGUCUUCUUGCAUUUGAAAGCAAAAACACCUGAAGACGUCAUGAAAAAUAUCAAAGCCAUGUUUGAUGUCUAUGACGACAUUUCCAUUGAUUUACUAUAUAAUCUUAUUGCACUUCGAGAUGAUUUCUCCAAAAAGGAACGUCAAGAAAUGGAACAAAAACUUGAAGUCAUGUACAGUGAAUACGAAGACAAGGUCAAUCCAAAUGCCAAACUUUCCAUCUUUGGAAAAAUUGAUAAAACUCCACCCAACAAGAGACGUAAAACCAAAAAGUCGAAAAAUAUCAUGUAUUCAACCAGUGGUUCAGGAAUGCAAAAUUCAUCAGGUAAUUCCUCUCAGAAUGCAUUGUCAGAUUCUCGAAGUGGAGGUGCCACCUCUAAAAACAAUCCAAAAUAUGAAGUGCCAGAAGGUGCUGUCAAUUUGAGCGAGUUAUUGGGAGAUGACAAAUUGGAUUUCUCAUUUGAAGAUGACGAAGAUGAAGAUUAUCAAAGCGAUUAA